UAGUUUGAUGUUUUCUUUGCUUUGAGUAUCUUGCUUCUUGGAGGCGUGUGACAGGUUGACAGGAUUAAAAAUUUUUGAAAACAGAAAUGCCAUCAACAUCUUUGAAAUGGCAAAUCGCUUUUGGUUUAGGAGCGGCGGGAGCUUUAGGAUUAGCUUAUUGGUACUUGAAAACCAACAAAACCCAAACGAUACAAACCGUCGAAUCAACUAUAGAUAAGGAAAAAGAAGAGACGCCUUUUCAAAAAGCUCAGAGGUUUAAAAGUGAAGGUAAUAACAUGUUUAAAAAGGGGAAAUAUGAUGAGGCCAUCAAUCUGUACAAUCAGGCCAUCGAUACAAUCCCAGAAGAAUUCAAAACUGAUUUGUCGACUUAUUACCAAAAUAGGGCGGCUGCCUAUGAGCAGUUGAAGAAAUGGAGCGCCGUGAUUUCAGAUUGCACCAAGGCUAUUGAACUCAAUAACCGCUAUGAAAAAGCCCUUUAUAGAAGAGCUAAGGCUGAAGAAAUAAUCAAAGAUUGGGAAAAUGCCCUUGACGAUAUAACAUCAGUGUGUCUAUUACAAAACUUUGGGAAUCAAAAUGCCCUCUUGAUGGCUGAUCGUGUAUUGAAAGAACUGGGAAAAAAGAAUGCUUCCGAGGCAAUUAAAACUAGGAAACCUGUCAUACCUUCAAAAAGUUUCAUAAAAACUUACUUCUCGUCUUUCUCCCAUGAUCCUGUUUACAAAAAACUGUUGGAAACUACUGAUCCUUUAGGUCUGGGUGAUUUGAAGGGAUUCCUCAAAGCCAAAUUAGCAUUUGCAACUGAAAAGUAUGAAGAGGUUAUACCAGCAUGUACAGAGGAACUAAAUUUAAGUGAAUCUGAGUCAAGUUACAAACUAGAAGCACUCUCACUAAGGGCAUCCUUUUAUUUUCUGACGGGACAAUUUAAGGAAGCUGAAGAGGAUCUGACUGCCAUCAUCGAAACUGAAGAUGCAGAUCCUUUAAUAGUCGUGAAUUCACUAGUCAAAAGGUCAUCAAUCAAAAUGCAGACUGAUAGAAUUCAAGAUUGCCUCGCAGAUUUUGAUAAAGCAGCUGAACUGGGCCCAAAUGUGUCAGAUGUUUAUCACCACAGAGGGCAGGUCAAGCUGUUGAUGGAGAGAACGGAUGAAGCCAGAUCAGACUUUCAGAAAGCCGUAGAACUGAAUCCAAAUUUUGCUGUAGCUGUAGUACAAAAAUGUUAUACAGAUUAUCGAUAUGCCAUGCAAACCCAAGAUGUAGGCAUCCUUAUGCAGAGCAUGAGAGACUUCCAGGCAGCCACUGAGAAAUUUCCUGAUAACCCAGAGACUUUCAUCCUGUUUGCUCAAAUCAAAACGGAAAAGCAGGAAUUUCAGGAAGCGGAAGAAUUAUAUCAGAAAGCUUUGUUAAUCGAUCCUCACAAUGCUUCAAUAUAUGUUCACAGGGGACUUCUGCUUCUGCAAUGGAAGGGCGAAAUUGAAAAUUCAGUAGAGUUGAUGAGACAAGGGAUAAGAAUCGAUGAAAAGUCUGAAUUCGCCUACGAAACCUUGGGUACUGUAGAAGUUCAGAGGGGUAACUUGGUAUUAGCUAUCGAACUCUUCAACAAAGCCAUAUCAUUAGCCAGGUCAGAAAUGGAAAUGGUGCAUUUGUUUUCUCUUCGAGAUGCUGCCGCUUCUCAACUGAAGAUUUCUUCAAAAUUGGGUGUUGGUCCAGAUCUUCUUAGAGGAGUCUCAUAAUAAGUUGUUUUUAUUGUUUUGUUGGUUUUUCAUGUGUUAUGGAAUGAAAUUACAGUGAAUUCAAAGAAAUGGUUGAAUGUAAAUACAAAUCAUUCCAAUAUAGUAGUAAAAACUUUGAAUUUAUUA